GUAUGAUAAGCCUUCAGUUUGUUGUCGUAGGUGGCUAGUCCAUGUUGGCACAAAGCUGGGCAGCCCACUAAAGAAGGACAACAACCUUAACCAUGGCUGACGUUGAAAUAAAUGUUUCUGGUGAGAUGGAUGUGCCACCUGAGGGAGCAGUCAGCCAACCUAUGUCAAUCAAAAGUUUGAUGCAGUUUCCUAAUAAACUCACUGUGCCUACUGUGACGGAGUGGAUUUCCCAGAGGAGGCAGAAUGUGCGCCCUUGGACAACCUUCUGCAGCACAUCAAGGUUCAAAACGCCAGCUACCAUACCCAGAUUGACCAGGAGAUUGGUUAAAAACAUUGAAUACUUCCAGAGCAAUUACCUCUUCGUUUUUAUUGGACUUGUGAUAUUCUGCCUGCUGACAUCGCCUCUUCUCUUGAUAGUAGUAGCGGCCUCGUUAGGCGCUUGCUACAUCGUUUCCCUCAAGAACGAGGAAAGGAAACUCCAAGUGCUUGGAAAAGAACUCUCUUUGUUCCAACAAUACUUGAUCGUUGGAGUUUUCUCCAUACCGCUUUUCAUUUGGGCUGGAGCCCAGGCUGCAGUCUUCUGGGUCAUAGGCGCUUCUGUCCUAACUAUUUCUCUACACGCUGCUUUCUACAACAUUGAAUCACUGCUUAGUCCUGAAGAGGAGUUUGACCUUGUUUUGCAGCAAGUUUGAUUGAGUGAAAAUUGACUUUUUCGGUGGUUUUUAACAAGUGCAAAAGAGUUGGUUAUUUCAUGCCGAUCCGUUUAUAUUUAUUAUUAUGGAUAAUAGUUUGAAUAAAAAAUCAGUAAUUCUCUACAAUCGGGGUCAUUUUUGAGGAA